CCAUGAAGUUAUUAUAUAUUUAAACACAGUAAAAAAAAUAAUAAUAAUUAAAACAUUUUUUAAAAAGAAUCCAGCACCUAUAAAGCCUGAAACAUGAUUACCUUGUCAGAGGGUCUCCUGAAGAUAAAUCUGGAAUCAGAGUGUGAAAGUUUAACUCUGUUGCUGUACUUUCUCUUCUGGAUCACCACAGUCACUUAUUAUGUGAGAUUUAUAAGAUGAACUUCUUUUAUAAGUGCAUCACAGGUGGGUGGGUGAAAAGGGGAGGGCAGAUUACACAUUAUAAAUACACCAGGGCUUGUAUUCUUGAGGCAGUGCACCACUUGGAUCACAGAGCAGACAGAGAACCUCCACACCUUCACUGAAGACUAUCAGCAUAUCCAGUAGGACAAAAGAAGCCAUGGAUUCGAAAAUUGCAAAUAAAACUCAAAGCCUCACCACAGCCGAAGAGAUGAGGAACCAAACCAAGCUUGUGAUGCAGCCGUACGCCAACUGGGAGGAGUAUCUGACUCCUGCUCCUCUCUCCAUAGCCAUCCUGGGAGAGCUGGUCUUCAUCUCCUCCAAUACAGAUUUCUCCAUCAACAAGAACAAACCUAUAGAUGGCUACAAGUUCAUCAAAUACCCAGAGUCAUUUCGUGCCUGCCUCAUGCAGGUGUGUAACUCAGGCUGGUGCGCUUUCAAUGAGGCCCAUAAGAACAUGGAUCAGAUUAGACUCCACACCAUUAAAGUUCCUGAUUACAUGAAGUCAGCUGUGAAGAUCCUGUUCCAAGGCAGUGAUGAGGCUGUCGAAGCUCACCUCCCUAAACAGCUGGAGAACAUCCGUGUUGUUGCAGAUGAAUGUCUUGAGCUGGCCGAUUCAACAGAAAAACGGUUCACUGAUGUCAUCAACAUUAUCCGAGAACUGCUGGAAGCAUGCUUAAAUGCUGAGCACUUUUAUGGAGAGGAGCUGGAGGAAAUCAAGAAGAAACUGGAGGAAGCUAAGCUGAGGAAACAGUCAUCAGAAGAAGCUGCUAAACGCUCAGAGAAAUCAAUUAAGGACAUGCAAAAGCAUCUGAAUGAAGCCCAUGAAAGUUACAGCAAAGCAAUGGAUUCUCAGUCCAGUUUUUACAGCCAUGCUCAACUGGACAAGACCAGAGAGAUGUAUGAGAAGAGUGUAGAUAACAUGAAGAAGAACCAAAAGGAGCUGACUGACAUCCUGAUCACCAUGAGGAACUGUGAGAUCAAAGAGAUAGACUUUAACACCACUAUAAAAAUGUUGGUUCGGGGUAUGGAUGUCAUGGGGAGAGUGAAGGAGCAGUGGAAGGAGAUGGUGCGCUUCUUUCAGAUGGUGUCUAACAUUGUGAAAAUCAGUCUGACCCUUAAAGAUUUUGUAUCCACAUCUGAGGAGACACAGAAGCUUUCCUACAACACAAAGCUCUUCUCUAAAGAUCUGCUCUACAAUCAAGCCUUUCAAGCCACUAACAUCACCAACCUUGUCAACAUGAUCGCUACAACCUACACUGAGGUGUUCACCAAGCACAUCAUGUAUUCUGUCAGCAUUGUGGGAAAACUGAUGGUCAUGGACAAGGAAAAGCCAGAGUUUCAGUUUGAGGUUGGUCAGUUACGGAACGCCUGUGAUGGGGCUCACAAAGCCAUCUUAGUCCUUGUCCUAAAGAACAAGAGGGAGUUUGAAGAGAAGAGUCUUGCAAGACUGGAGAAGAUUUAUAAAGAGUUGCUCGCCAUUCUACCUGCUGCUGCUCCAUAA